AUGUUUUCCAAAGAGAACUUCAUUGACUUGGCCCACCAGGCGGUCAGCGCUGUUCGCCGGAUCGUCGGCAGCUCCGAGUCAUGGAACGUGCGUGACGCGCUUUCGCCCGCCUCGCAAGUCCUCGUCGCAGUCUGUAAGACAAACACCACAGUGGACGCGGCCACCUUGGAGGCGUGGGUGAAUGACCUCGUGCGGGAGCUGGAACUGCAGUCGACGCAGAGCGCUACUGCCACAGAAACGGCAGCGGCGGGGGAGACUGGAGUGGCGGCAAGCAGCAUCAAAGACGAGGCAUCGAGGCCGCUAAGCGAGCCGGCGCUCAUUGAGAACCUCGAGGUCGCACGAGACCUCAUGUACUCGUGCAACGCAGAGGAAGCUGUGAAGGCGUACUUGAAAAAGAAGCUCGUGGCGGCCAUCGUACAGCUCUACGGCAACGCCACGCUCACGCAGAGGUUGCGUAACUGCUGCGCCUACGUCAUCGUUGGCGUGUGCUCAUCGCAGCAGCUGCUACUGCGCGACUUCAUGUUUGUCUGCACCGACCGCUUGCGCAGUCUCCCGCAGGACCACAACGGUCGCGUCCUUCAAAUCCUCCUUGCGUCGCUCUUGGUAGAGGUGCUUCAUCAGUACCAGCUGUGCUGCUACGGCCGGCUCAAGAGAGACCUGGAUGCAGAGACAGAAGCCCACUGCACAUCGCUCAUUGACUGCCUUUUUGAAACAGCCUACUCGCUCAUGGUGCAGGAUGCGACUGUCGCAUCCCGCACCGCCACCGCGUCUCGGACGGCGUCGGGCGAGGCGGAGGAGAGCCUCGAGUCGGGGUCACCGUCUCCGCCACCAGCGACAAACAAUGAAACCUCCACGGUGACGCCAGCAGCGAGCAGAAAAGAUGGAAACAGCGGCGAGGCGACAGGAUCUCCAGCGGCGCUAACCACCAUUGUAGCGGGCAGCGGUGACACGCCGGCAGCUUCGCCGGCCAACGCCUCCUUGGACAUGUCCGCCAGCGACGCAAGUCUCGACAUCACCACUUCUGUUGUAUUCCUAGCAGUUGUCGCUGGUGUGUAUCGUGCACGGCCCGCCCUCAAGACCUACCUGGUGUGUCACUGCGGCUCUGAAUACGCACGGCUGUGGGUCAAGAUAGCUUCGCAUCUCUCGAAGAUGCGCACGAACCUAUUCCUGUCGCUGUCGUCUCGCUCGCCCGUGUCUGCCAUGCUGGAGCCGGUGGAGUACUGGCGGGGAGAGAUGCUCGAAGGCCUGGUGGAGCUAUGCACGUCGGACAGCUUCACAACCCAGCGAGCCAUGGUAAUGGCUUCCAUUGUCGGAAGCGGCAGCAAUAAUGGUAGCGGCAGCAAGGGGGCAAAUCAACAUGGCGGGGUGUCUUCCACCAAGAUAGGCGCCUCAGCAGCGCGCGCACCGGCAUCCUCGUCUAGCGGCGCCACCGCUGCUCCCGUUGUCUCGGGGAAGAGCCUCAACAGCGGCGGCCGGUAUCAGUUUGUGCCGAUCCCAGCGGACUGGGAGACGUACCUGUCGCGCGGCACCUCGGCCGUGUGGCGCCUUGCCUGCGCCCUCUUUCCGUGCACCGUCACCUCGGAGGGUAUCAACAUUCUCAAGGCGGUGCUGCUGCUGCUGAACACGCGCCACGCGUCAGCAGAGGCCCUGUACCGUAGCACCAUUUCGACGCUGGCAUUACUGUCUGUUGCGAACCCGCGCAACGCCGUGCUGUUGUCUGAGCACCACUUUCUGCGCACCAUCAUGGCACUGGUUAACUGCAACCAGCCGAGCGUCUUUCCAGCCUCCCAGCAGGUCACACUGCACUUUCGCCACGGCGAGCCAAGCACCUCUGCGCCGGUGGCUGCGCUGACGCAGACCCUGACCCUGACCCCGGUCAGCACCCUAAACGUGAACACGACCCAGCUUACCUUCUGCUUUCUCAACACCCUCACCUCCACAACGUUCUCCAAGGCCACUGUGGAGCUGCUGAUGCAGGGCAUCAAGGACAUGUGCUCGAUGCCGUCGUCUCAGACAGAUGUCGAUAUUAUCGAGAACUUUCUCCACGGCCUCAGCCACGCCUUCAUUCCGCACCCAUUGCUCUUCUUCCCUGGUGAUGGCUACGUGAGCUGGCGGCUGAAGCAGAUGUUUCCUCGAGGCAGCGGUUACACCUUUACGGCGUGGAUCUACCCGACGUGUGUGUGGACGGGCGGCAGCUGCCUCUACUCCUUCAUGGAUCCAAACGAUACGCGCGUGAGCCUGCUAAUCGUCGCUGACGGACGACAGUGCACGUUGGCGGUGCGAGUGAACAAGGGGGGUAGCGACCCGGCGGAGCUGGUCUUGAGCUGUGGUACCUUCGCCACGACCACGUGGACGCACGUGGUUGUGAAUCACGGUGUUGCCCUGAACGUGUACAUCAACGGCCAGCGCCUCGAGGGGGUGCACGAUGUGCCAUACCCCAAGGAAAAGCACUCCAUCAUGUUCAACAUUGGCGGGGCUGCGGAGCUGCCAGGGUUCUUAGGCUUUAUGUCGGGCAUGAACAUCUCCGCCACGCUCUCUGAGAAGGAGAUUGCUAAGCUUCACGCCGCCGGGCCCGCCUUCUAUGACCCCUCACGGGACUGUGCCUCGUUUCUCACGCCUUUCUUCGAGGACAUGCCCAGCGUCUCCUAUGAGCUGCAGUCGCCGUCCCUGCUGCAGCAGAACGACAUGAUCACAAAGAAGUCGGCGGAGUUCCGGUGGAACCGCAUCGAGCUCUACGUGCCUACCGAUAUUGAAGAGAUGAUUGCGCCAAGCAAGGUGGCGGAAUGGGUGCUUGAUGUGCUCAAGGGGCGGCGGACGACGUCUGUUCCGAGCAUGUCGGCCUUUAUGAGCGUUGCGAAGCUGAGCCUCAGUCUCCUGUCGACAUCGAUGCAACUCUCGACGACGGAGCAGUUGACGCAGCUGAUGCUCAGGAACUACCUGGACCAGCUGCGUACCGAGGUACUUUCGUGGAAGGUGACGUUCCCAGAGUUCGCAUCACUGAUGCUGCAGUCCGUGACGCCGCGCGGUGGGGGCAAGGUGCUGCAGCACCAUGCUUGCACGCAGCGCGUCUUUGACAUCCUUCUCAGCUGUGUGCUGCGGACAAGAGCCCAUGGCAGCGGGGGCGCGAACGGCGUCGCGCAUCACCGGGCGUGCGCCAGCAGGAACACCUUAGACCCGAGCGAUGAGAGCGCAGCGGGGUCGACUGUGGCGUCGUUGGCGUCUGGGAAUUCGUCGCCACCCAGCGAUGCCGUGCAGGAGGCGAACGCCACGAACGUCAUAUUGCGCGAGCUCAGUGACUGUCUCCUUGUGAAGGAGAACAUGGAGAUGUUCCAGGAAGAUUCGUCGCGGUUCCAGUGCAUCCUCAACGUGUCCCUCUACCUCCCAAAGGAAUGCAUCAAGUCCGUCGUGAUCCUCAUUGAAAAGCUGUGCCGCAGAGAGGCAGAGCUGCGCCGCGUGCUCUUGUUCCUUUUCACGCCAAGCUCCAUCAGUUCAACAGCGGACACGGCGAAGGUGUGGGUGCUGCGCAUGCUAUUCGACAUUGCCAGAGAGGAGAUGGCCAUGUGUGAGAUGAUCCAGGAGUCCUUCAAGAGCCGGGGCGUCACGCUCAUGCUACUGCUCAUCAACGGCGAGAACCACUCUAGUGAGGCGAUACGCUUGUUGGCGCUUGGUCUGCUCUCGCUGUUGAUGCCGCUGAAGAGCUGCGCAAAGCUCUUCAAGAAAAACGACGGCUUUGACAUCCUCUCCCUGGCGCUCACGGAGCCGCGCAACGACAUCCCGCUAGGCAUCCGCACCUUCGAUGCCCUCUUCCAAAUCGCUUUCGACGAGUUCCGACGCCACCAGGAGAAGAAGCCGGAGGCGGACAGCAUCGCCGUGCGGCUGAUGGCCACUGCGCAUAUUCUGCACCGCCAAAAGCAGCGUGACCCGAGCUCGUCAGCCGCACCCGAUGGCGGAGGCGGGUCGUCGAUCAGCGCUACAGUAGCUGGUGCGCUGCAGAAGGGCCGCGUGCGGCGGCCCACCGCGGACUUCCUCGGUCACACACCUUCCAUCAUGGUGAACCACCUUGGCACGCGCCGCGGCUACAGCUUCGAGCAUACGCACGACUACGGCAGAGUCAGCGAGGACUUUGGUGAGCUCGUACUCAUGCACAAGGGCAGUCGCUAUCACAACCUGCAACUUCCGAUGGCGCUGAAGACGGUUCUCUGUGCGCUGGACUACCUCAUUCGAGUGCUGCUGCACAGGCUGUACUCGGCGCCCCCAAUGGUAAUCUCCCCAGCCGCGGUAGCGACGGCGACGGCAAUCAGUGGCAACAAUAUUACCGGCUCCUCAACAGACUACUUGGCAACAGCGGACGAGUAUCCAGCCUUUCCGACGCAGCGCCACGAGAGCGGGCUGCUGAGCAUGAACGCGCGAGCUGCGCAGAUGGAUGAAGAACGCGUGGUGGUCGAGGUUCUCAACUACCUAGACAAGUUGAUUGAGUGGCCAAAGCACGCGCUGAAGGUGAUGGACAUACCAUGGCUGGGCGGCUUGUGGGCAGCGGUUCGCGUCUUUUUCGAGAGGCCGGUGGACCCGAAUGGUGCCACGGGGGCGGUAACGCCAGUGCAGUCCUCGGAGCCGGGGACGAUGGCGCACACGCCUGCCGUGACGGGGGCAAACCACAUACCCUCUUACUCCACGCCGCAGCCGUGCGAGGCGGCCAUUCGGCGCUUGCAUCAAGAUCGCAGUGAGUUUGUUGCUGAGGUGACGCAGCGCUGCCGCACGGUCAUUCGAAAGAUGGUCAUCCUUGAUAUCUCCAUGAAUGAACGAGCGCAGAUCCGUUCGAUUCGCGACGGCGAACAUCCGCCGCGUCUCGUGCGAAUCGUUCUCGAGGAGGUGGCGCGCUACUUCUCUGUCCAAAAGAACGGUGAGCUUCUCGAGAACGCCGGCACCAUCAUCCGGAACUUGAACUCGCUCUUCAAGGACGUGCACACCGCUUUGCAUCCCUUCCCUCCAACGCUGGGCGUGGCCAUUGUCAUCGCCAUCACGAACAUCUCCGUGUCUAGCAGCAUGCAGGUGCGACGCCGAAUGAAGAACAGCAGCCUCCUGACAAUCCGCGACCACCUUGCGUUCUACGUCUUGCGCGAGUCACGGAGGUUUUUGCGGCUCCGCAAGCGCUCGCUGAACCAGCUCAUUCACAUGAACGUCAACAACGCCAACUCAAUCACAGUGCUACUCCUCCACCUCUCAAACAGUAUCAAGGAGAACAACGUGAACGAGGUGGAGGUCCUCAUGACACUGAUCCGGCAGCUAGCAGGUGCCGACUCGGCUCGGCUGCGGGAGCUGCACGCUCUGCUAGGCGACAGCAAGGCCGCGCGCACCUUGGAAGAGCUGCUGAGCAGCAGCGGGGGAGCGAUCGCCACCAUGCAGAGCCCGGUACUCCUGAGCACGCACACCUCACAGCCCACGCUUUCGGACCACUGCGCGAGCGAUGUGCUUAUAGAUGCGGACUUCAGCACUAGUGGCGGGGAGCGGGCUAUGUGGGGCCUAAGCCACGGAAUCGGCUCGAACCCAGUGGAGGAGGAGGGCGGAGAGCUGAGUCCAGGGGCGUACACGCUGCAGCUGCUUGAAUGGUGCAGGACGCACAAGGAGGCGUGGACCGCCAUUCAGCGAAACGCGCACGCCGCGAUGGCGAGCAUGGGGCUGGAGAAGAGCGAUGAUAAGGCGCAGCAGCAGCAGAUCAGCAGCGCCUCCGGCUCCCCGAAGGCGUCGGCCGGUGCGUACGUUGGCCUGAGUGAUCGGAGCAAGCGCGAGUUCCAGCAACUUCGAGAAGAGUUGGAGUCGGAACUCGAGAAGUGCAAGGCAGGCCGCAAGUGA